GGCAGUGCAGCCGCGUCUUCCCUCCCCAGCUCGGCACGCUACGGAUCGUUCACGGCAACGGCACGGCCGUGGGGACGGUGGUAAUGUUCCAGUGCUCUGCCGAGCAUCAGCUGGAGGGACCGGGCGUCAUCACCUGCGUUUGGAAAGGGAACAGUACCCAGUGGACAGCCGGAGUGCCCUCCUGCAAGUCCAUAUCAAAAUAUGAGACUUUUGGAUUUAAGGUCGCGGUGAUCGCCUCCAUCGUGAGCUGUGCCGUCAUUCUACUGAUGUCCAUGGCGUUUUUAACCUGUUGUCUUAUCAAGUGUGUGAAGAAAAGUGAAAGGAGGAGGACUCAAAGAGAUAUGCAGCUGUGGUACCAGCUCAGGACCGAAGAACUAGAGCACAUGCAAGCUGCUUACUUUGGUUUUAAGGGAAGAAACAACAACAACAACAACAAGAAACUCAGGAAUAAAUCCGUAUUUGAUGAUGUGACUAACGUGGCAUACGAUAACCAAGGCUUCUACAGGUUCCAGGAGGAGUGGACUCGGGACAUCAUAGCUGCUGGGUGUUGCAAAGACAACGAUCAUCUGCCUAAGCUCAGUAAGAGCAGUCGUGCACCCGUGGAACAAGCUGUGCCAGGUCACAACACUGUGGUGCAGACAGUGAAUUCAAUCCAUGUCGUGGAAGUCUAUGGACAUAAGGAUAGCCAUAACAAACCAAGCUGUCAGAUACCUGGAUAG